CGGCGCCGCCCGCGUCGCCGACCCAAGCGCCGGCACCAGCCGCAGCCCCCGCGCCGGCCGCUCCGCCGGCCGCUGCGGCCCCCGGCGGCAGCCAAGCCACCGACCAGGAGCCACCCACGGAGCGCAGGUUUGUGAAGUACAACGGCAGGAGGCCGCUCAAGGCGGGACAGAGUGUGCACGUGUACGACGCGGUGAAGACUGACUGGGAGACGGACUGCGAGAUCGUGAACGUCCUGGAUGCGCCUCUUCCAUGCGGCACGUUCGAGGUGCCUGCCGGAUCCAUCACGGUCACCAUCAGGAACGACGGCAGCGUGACUCGCCGCACCAUCCAGCCAGACUUCCUCGGCAGCAUGGUGAGGGUCGUGGAGGAGGACCCCGGCGAGACGCUGGAGGACGAGCGCUUGGCCGCGGCGUGGCAGGAGGUCUGGGCCCGCUUCCAGUCCGGGGGCCAG